ACCUGGAAACACUCAUGAGUGUGUGCAAAAUCUCUUACCAAUUUGAUAUCAUUUGAGCUUUAAUGGAAUCAUGGGAAGGUUAGUUUAUGAUCGUAUCGUUUGACUCCAGGAUUAAUUUUAAACACAUUUGUUUAAAAUAUAAUAAUAAUAAUAAUACAAAAAUAAAUAAUCGGCGGUUACGUUUCUCAUGAAAACAAUUUUGACCUAAAGUGUGAAAGCGACGAGGAAGAGAUGGAGGCAGAGGAGCCCGUGUUAACAGCACAAAUAUCCAGGUGUGCAAACAUUUCAUCUGCAGAUUUGGACGAACUGGAGAACUUCCGAUGCGAAACUAAUACUGUAAAGCAAACAGUAUGGGCCGUGAAUUGUUUCACAACCUGGUUACGUGAAAAAGAGCUCAUCAUCGACCUGAAAACCGUCGAAAAGUCCGAGCUCUGUCCAGUGUUGCGGGAAUUUUACGGAUCCAUUCGGACUAGCAAGGGUGAACUGUACGGUAUCAGCAGCUACAUUGGUCUUCGAGCUGGACUGAACCGCUUCAUCAAUGAACCUCCCCUGAGUCGGUCGUGGAAUCUGAUGCAGGACACUGAAUUCAUGUCCGCCAACAAUGUUUUUAAAGGCGUUGUCAAACAGAUCCGACGCUCAGGUAAGGAUGUAACGACACAUUACCCUCCGAUCUCACCUGAAGACCAGCACAUACUGAAACACUCGCCUGCACUAGACCCCGGCAACCCCAAAGGGCUGUUAAAUAAGGUCUGGUAUGACAUCCAGUUGCAUUUUGGACUCCGUGGCAAGGAGGGCAACCGACAUCUGCAACCAGACUCGUUUGCUCUGAAUAGAGACGAAAACGGUUUAAGAUAUUUUACAAUGACAUUAAACGAGGAAAUUAACAAUCCAUUUGAAAUGGCCAGGAAAAAUCGGAGGGGUGUUAAUAUGAUCGAAGAGCCUGGAAACCCGCUGUGUCCAGUCGUCUCUUUGGAGAAAUAUCUUCGCAAAAUCCCUCCUGAUGCAAAAGCGCUCUAUUUGCAGCCCAAAAGAUUGUACGUUGUCACCGAUGACAUCUGGUAUACAGCUGUUCCUUUGGGAGUAAAUCUUCUGUCCCAAAUGCUGCCCAAAAUAUGCAAAGAGGCUGGGACGCGAUCAAUAUAUACUAACCACAGUAUGCGGGUGACUGCGAUUCAAAGACUUUCUGACCCGGUGCUGCAGGCGAGGGGCAUCAUGGCAUUGAGUGGGCACAGCAGUGUUCAGGUUGGGAUAAGCUCUCAAUGGCAGCAGGAAUCUGCUCUAUAUUCAUCCAGCAGUGAGAUGGACUCCAGCUCAACGAGACAGGACACCUGUGAGACACCUGUGAACAGCUACAGCUGGAUGAAACAGGAGGCCGAUACUGAACUCAUCCAGUGGGAAAAUACACGCUCAGUGGCUACCAGUGAUGCUGAUCAGGAAAACACUCAGAGCAGUGCUGUUUCCACAAAUAUUCCUAAUGAAGGUGAACCCUCUAGUAUGAUGCAGACCAUCACCAGACUUCAGUGUCUGCUGGAGAGCAAAAAAGAGAGAAUUGAAGCUCUGGAGAAACAGGUUCAGGAUCUACAGGAGGAUCGCAAGUUCCUCCGCACACAGAUCGAGAACCUCACCAGCGCUCGUGUGGUUCACGUCCCAGAAGCGAGCACAUUAAUGUUGUCAGAGUCCAGGCCGCACAAGAGACAGAGGAAGAGUUCCUCCAGCACAUAUGACACUGAAGAAAGUGUCUCUGAUGAAUCUGUGAGCACUGCUUCAUCAGAGUCCAACAGCAACAAGAAAAAAAGACGACACAAGAACAAGAAACAGAAGAAAGGGAGGAGAGGACGUGUCUCCCAGCACAACUGGUGUUAGACCUAGACUCCGUCUCAUUCAAAUCUGAUCAGGAGUGUUCUGAACACAGGAAGCAGUAAAUUGUCUUCCUUAUAAACACCUUACAGUGAGUGGGGUCCAAUAAGCCAUCCACCACUAUAAGCAGGUCCUAUCAGUCUUCGAGAAGUGGAGCCUGAGUGGAGGUUUUCACCACUAAGCCAACAUGGCCCCAUCGCACAACUGUUCCUGACUGCUUCAAAGACUUCUGGUGGAUCUGUUUGGGCCUUGUGAGGUGACAUUGUUCAGCUAGACCCAGAUGUCUAAUUUGACUAUUGAGGCAAAUGAUGCUCUCACAAGAAGGCACUGGUGAACUUUUGACAUGAGGACUCCCCUCAUUGUUUUCUUGUUUCAGUCCUUUGUAAAUUCAUGUUAACAUAAACAUACAGUUCAAAACUAUUGAAAUAUUGGAUGUUUGCUGAUAGUUGCAAGUCUAAUGUAAAUGUAGUAAAUGGAAACAUGAAUUUACAAAGUCUCAUCAACUUAGGCGUCAAACCUUACAUUGCUUCUGAUUAGGAAUGCAGUAACAAGUAUUUGCUUUUUCUGGCCUGUGUUUUUAUUUGUUGCAAUUAUUGUCAGCUUGUUUCUGGGCAAACAAAUCCUUGGUAAACAUUGCCAGUGUAAUGAUUUAGUGUUGGGAAGUCCAAAUCAUUUUAGCGAAUUGGUUCAUUUGGUUUGGUUCCCUUACAAAUCAAUCUGCCUGGGUAUCUCAGUGAGUAAAGUUGCUGGCUAUCACACCUGGAGUCACGAGUUCGAAUCCAUGGGGUGUUAGUGACUUCAGCCAGGUCUCCUAAGCAACCAAAUUGAUCUGAUUACUAGGGAGGGUAGAGUCACAUGGGGUAACCUCCUCCACCCAGAUUGAGGGGAGUCACUACACCACUGACAAUUGGGCAUACCAAAUUGGGGAGUAGAAAAAUCUAGAGUUCUGUCAAACUAGCUGCAAACCUGCCACUCAUUAUUUUCACAUGCAAUUGAGCUUGUGAUUUGCAGCAAAUGUUUGCCAGAAGUUUGCAGCUCUUCAAUGGUUGUUGUGAUCCUGCAACAAACCUUUGGCAACAAUAGACAAUUUGCUCCAAAGCUCAUUUGCAUGUGAAAAUUAUCAGUGGUGAACUGAAGGCAAAUUUUGCCAUGAACUCUCAAUUUAUGUUAGGGUUGUCAUCAAACAAGUGUUACCUGCGUGCCAUCUUUCAUUUUUGUGGUAACAUUUCUGUUUACACUGUUUGCACAAUGGUUGUAUAGACUGCGUCAAAUGUUUGUUACCAUACUGUUUUUACAACAUUGCCAAGAACAUUAACCGUGUUCCCUAUUUUAUUUGCUUUGUGAAAUAAUAGUCUAAGGAUAUUAUUAUUCCCAGUACUGUCAACAUUAUUAUUCCUGUCUAACAGGAAGUUUAAAGAAUUAGUUUGUGAGCACAGAGAUGCACUUUUGUGCCAUGUCCACGCUAAAAAGUUUUCAUUUAAAAAGGCAUUAUUUUUGCUGUUUUUAUGUCUCUCGUCCUCACUUUAAAGGUAAUUUCCUCCACCCAAAAUGGAGUGUUUUAAAAAACACCCUCCAUGACCACAUAUUUUGGAAAAUGAUGACGUUAAUAGUGCUGUAAGAGAUUUGAGCCUGAAACUGGAAUUUCCAUAAGUCUAGCCAUUAAAAAGACACUCACGCACACACACUGACACUUCGAAAUUGUGCAUCCUCGUCUCUUUUGCAAAUUUUUUCCUAGCGUUUUCAAACUUAAACAGAUUAGUGUGCACAUUACUUUCGCUAAUCUUUCACCCCAAAGUGAUUAUUUUGUUUGAGAAAAUUUUUAAUGGGUAAAUUCAGUAAACGAUUCUAUCUCAAAUUUCAUAUUUGUUUUGCUUUAUUUUUGUACUGUCAAUUAUUUUCACAUACGAUUUUUUGACGAAGCACUCUUCACUUUUACUUCCUCCGAGAAAACGCAUUUGCAAGAAGGAUAAUGGGCAGAUAAAGGCAUCUGGAGAACUGCUGAAGAAACCAACAGCAUGCUUCUCUUUUGGACUGGAGAGGGCGCUGUGACCAUGCUGAUUUGAUAAAAAAUACAUACACUGUCUACUACUGUAUAUUUGUAUAUAUGUGUGAACUGUUUUAGCUUGGACCGUGGUUGCAUUCAUUGUCUGAAUGUAAAGAGAACAUUUGAAAAUAGAUUAGUCUGGUGAGUUACGCUGCCGAUAGUUGCCAAGUACAGUGCCUUGCAUUGCCUGAUUUUAAUUAUACUAUUACAUCAUCAU